AUGGAGCCCGGCCAAGCGUUCCCUUCUUCCUCUUUAGACGACAUACACCUUAAACCUUCCCUUCACGACGAGCGCUUCCGAAAAAGCCGUCUCUCGGGGUGCACUCCCGCGAUCCCUGAAUCCAUCGCGCAUGGCUCCUCGCCUAAAUCCGCAACUUCAGACCAACAAAGCGCGCCUUCAAAAGACCGACCGCUCAUCGUGUAUGCUUAUCAUGACUCCGAGAGCGCGCGGGCAAACCUGGACUACUUUGUCAACAAGGGCAUCCACAAUGGCGCAGACUUUGUCUUCGUAUUCAACGGAGAUGCCAACGCGUCUAGCACCAUCCCCGAUCUGCCAAACAUCAGCAUCGUCAAGCGGGAUAACACCUGCUUCGACAUGGGUGCGAUUGGCGAAGUCUUGAAGAAGGACGACCUGUGGAAGAAGUAUAAGAGGUUCAUCACGAUGAACGCCAGCAUUCGAGGGCCAUUCUUACCGGCGUGGAGCUCGUCUUGCUGGUCGGAUUUGUACCUGAGCAAAGUGACAGAGACAACCAAACUGGUCGGAAUGACACUCAACUGCAUACCCAGACUGCACGUUCAGUCCAUGAUCUUUGCCACCGACGACGUCGGUAUGAGCAUCCUUCUGGACCCCACAGUCGCAACAACCGCGUCUGAGGACGAUCGAUUCGGAAGCAAAGACGCCCCAGUCGGUCUCAGCGGGUGUUACGCAGACUGGAACGCCGCCGUUCAUGCCGAAGUCGGAACGACAGGCCUGAUCAUGAACGCCGGCUACAAAAUCGACGCCAUGAUGACUGCUCUGCAUUCCGAAGAGGGAGUAGAAGAGUACUGCAAAGCGCAUCCAGAUUCCGGUGACCUUUUGUGGGACAGGAAGUAUUUCGGGAGCAACAUCCAUCCCUAUGAGACUGUCUUUAUCAAGGCGAACAGGAAUGUUGAUCCAGCGCUGAUGGCGUCGAUGACAGAGUGGCAUAUGCGCAUGAAGUCCAACAGCUUCGAUGUGUGUGGCUCUUGAUGGCGCACGAGGCUAAAACUCUGUAUAUCCCAUAGACUGUAGGCAAGAUAGAGGGCUCGAGGUUUUAUGUUUGUUGAAUUGUUGUAUCAUAGCGACUUUGAGAAUACCAAGGCUACAAAGCCAAUGACAUUCAGAUACAACAGCGCUGGAAGCCUACGCUGUUACGUUACUACAGCUCUGCUGCAUUAAGAAUGUGUCGUCAAAAUUCGAGAGCGUUGAGUGUUGGUUCACGGGGUCGUAUACGACAAAUAGUGGUAGCAAUUAUCACUCGUCUG